AUUGUGACAUCAAUCCAUUAAUCCGUCCACUUGGAUCACAUCUUCCUCUCUAUCUCCAUUAACUCCAUUUCGUCACCAUGUCUGGCAUCACUCUUGUCAACCAGGUUAAGGCCUCCAAGUUCCUCUCAGGGCUUCUUCAACCCGUCGCCAAUGCCUUUGUCAACGCUGCCGGCUAUCGUCAGCUCGGUAUGCGUUACGAUGACAUCCUCCGCGAGGAAACUGACAUUAUCCGCGAGGCUAUUCACCGUUUGCCCGAGGAAGAGAACUAUGCACGCGUAUUCCGUAUGAAGACUGCUUUCCAGUACUCUUUGUCCCACACCGUAGCCACCAAGGAGAAUACUCUCAAAGCUGAGGAUGAUAUCAGAUACCUCACCCCCAUCAUUGACGAGGUUGCUGCCGAAUAUGCUGAGAGGGAGGACUUCAACAACAUCAAGUCAUUCUCCAAGUAAAAAUAAACAUGCAAAAAAGGUGGAAUAUUAAAAGAAAGCUGAUGAUUCAUAAAAACCUUCAGUUUAGUUUGGAAGGAGUAGAUACUCUUAUGGCAAUAAAUGAUUAAAAUAUAUAAAAGACG